GAUAUUUCCCAAUAUCUUGCAUAAACGAAGUCUGGCUCAAAUAUCGACAUCACAUUCUGGAGCGCAUGCUACACAGCUAUGAUGGACAUGCGUUCGACCAGCUUUUACUCUUCACUCCAUUUUAUCCCAACUGCUUUGAUGCGAUCAAUCGAACUUGGCUACCGGACGUUUUCGAAAUGUGGUAUUUGAUAUCGGACUACGGUCCUCGUUUCCACGACGUUAUUCAUUUGUUCUCUCAAUUGGCCCGCAGCUGCCGUGGGCGUAUCGACUGGGAUCCACACAUGGAACGCAUUUUCUGUGGUUUGUUGAGAUGCAUUACGCAGCGUGGACAUUCCCCAUCUAUGAAUGGAAUAAAUUUCGCCUCAAAACCUAUUUUCAAUCAUUACGCCGUUCUUCUGAUCAAUUCCAUCGGUCCAGAUUGUCCCGGGCGUUCUCCAACGGUUAUCGACCGUUUAGAAAAGUUCUAUCAGGCAGUUGCUCCGUUCUACCAUCCGUCCAACCCAACCACAGUGACGGCACUUAUAGUCUCGUUCACGCGUAGUCUGGCAUCUAGUUUGUUUCACCGCCUGAAGAACGAGCUCCUGCCACCAUACGAACAAGCAUGCUCCAUGGGCUUACCUCCUGCAGAGUUUCGUCUUUCGGUGGCUCAGGUAGAUCGCUUGGUACAUCUGCUCACCAACAUCACUGUGGACUACCUCCUGUUUUGUAAGAUUGGCCGAAGCUUGCUAUCGGUAUUGCAAACCAUUGACCUACUAUCCCAGCUUCGACCUCGGUUGGUUAUGCCUAAGUUGCUGGCUUGUUUGGAGGAUGGAUUGUCCAGACCCGAGGCUCCUUUGCGUUACACACGCCCGCUUCACGCCUUAGUCUUAUGUGUGCCAAGCUUUUCGUUCGUACGAUUCCCUCUCUUCCGUCAAGGGUUGUCUCGGUGGGAUGAUUCGGACGAUGUGGACUCACAGGAUGAAGUGUUUGAGAAACCGGAGGAAUCAGACGAUUAUGGUUCCGCUGUCGAUGUUGGAAGCCCUCUUAGUGAUGCCGAUGAUGAACUCAUUGAUGAAUUGCCCCUUCCCCCCUCUCGGACAAAAACGAAACUAAAGAAGGACUUGGCGUCGCUCCCCAGCAAGGAUCAUUUAGAAGCCCUUCUCUAUCCACAAGGCCGCUGUGAACUGGUUCGAUUGCUCAAUGUGCUUUUGACUGGAUUCGACCCAAAUCUCUCAGAUCGAUUCAAUCCGACUAUGGCAUGCUUGAGCCGCAUCCUUUUAUCCAUCCCAACACAAAACGUCCCUGAUGAAAUACUACAAGGAUGUGGCAUCACGGAUGAUUGCGGGUUAGACCGCAUUGAAGAGACAGUCGCCUUGAUCUUUGCGCGUACCUUGGAGCACAUGUCAUUUGUCAGCGAUCGGUCCUCUGUGGCCCAAAGCAUUAGCGGUGGGACAUCUUCAGCCAAGACAGUGUCGACAGAUGGAUAUGUGGUUCAGAGACCUUAUGCUGGUCCUGAAGGUCAUCCUCGUUUAGCUGCUGACGUAUCGGUACUGAGCAGUUUGUCCGCCUUAACGGUUAUUAUUGCCAUCUCCGCUGGACCGAAUCCCCGCUUCCGAUGUCAGCUCAUCCGUUUGUUAAUGGACACUGUCUCCGGUGCGCAAUUGGAUCCCGAUACAGCACGACUUGUGGCUUACCAACUUUAUUGGCUGUCUGUCAACUCCCGCCCAUCUCUCACGUCGCAUUAUAUGUUUGAGAAGUCCUUCUCCGCUGAUCCGCAACUAGAUACAUCCAUGUUCGCACUUGAGCAGUUGUGGCCUCAUUUUACCUUGCUUCUUCAGGAGCUUCAUUCUGAUCAGUGUGUUGUUUACCGUGGGCACGCGGACCCCCGGCUUCUAUCAUUUCUAUACAUUCUUCCCGGCCCUCUGUCCGCCAUACAUCCCUCAAAAUUCGUAGAACCAGCUUUCGUAGAGCAUUACUUAGCUCCUCUGAUUUCUUUGUUGGCUAGGCUGCUCCUUCUUUCAACUGGCGGAUCGGUUUCGGUAGUUCAAGGCGUGCUUCCAAUUCGUUUGUCCGAUUUACCCCCACCUCUUUCUACAUCGGCGCUUUCUUGUCCGGCUUUGGCGGAGGCUGCUUCUGGCUUGUUCUCUGUAUUGCUUCGUCGGAUGAUAGCCUAUUCCCUCGAUCUGAGUAACUUGGACCUCAUGCAAACUGGCUCUAUAGCCUCGGAUCCGGACCACUUAUUUGUGACUUCCCCCUGGUGGACCCCAUUUGUGAGCUCAUUAGCGCUAUACAACCAGUGGAAAUCCAUCCCGAGCUCUAGCGGUUCAAAUUCUGACACCGUCUGUGGUCUCUGGAUUAAACCUACAAAUGAGAUGCGAUCCUUUGCAUGUGGGUUGGUACGUGCCUUUCUAUCGCCUAUAUUACGCCGGUUAGAUGCAAUACGACACAGCCUUUCGUCGGUGACCGACGUUGAUAUCUUCUCCGGCUUCGCUCCUGAGUUGUCUGUAUCUGACCAGCGCGAUCAACUCAGUGCUCUGAUAAUCUGGGCUAACAAUUUGCUCACAGGUCUUGCGGAUGACCUAGCACCACGCAUGCCGGAUGCACAACAAGAAACUCCUUCCACUGUCACUUUCCCCGACAACUUUGUUUCGCCUACAGAUCUGCCUUUCUUCGAUUGUGAGCUCUUAGAUAUCGCGGACGCACCUCUUGGAGUUCGGCACUGUAUGUUGAAAACCGGACUGGAACUGCUGGAGUGCAUCGCAGAAUUGUUUCGUCAAGUCGACGACGGCUUACUUCACAAGGACCUUGGGAUAACAGAUGAAGAUGAAUCUAUGUGUGGAGAUGAUGGAGGUAACCACCAAGUCAAAUCCUCGCACAUCGUCGGACAGCUGUUCAAUGGAAAUCAAAUUGACGAUCUGCUGUGUUUCAUCCACACUGCGGCAUUCAAUCAAACUUCCUCAGAACAUUAUCCUUGUUUAUUGCGCACGACCCGGGGCCCUGCUGGAUUGACCGGCAUUGACUUUGGUGCUUACUCGUGCCUCGGUUCACCGCCAAAUCCCGGACCCGACACAAUCAAAGUAAUCCCUAGCGUUGGAUCGCUUAGCGGUCCGGCCUGCUCUGCAAGCAGAUCUUACUUCCCAUUUCGCACGAAUGAUCUAUCGGACACACCUCUGAAAGGCCGUCACUUGCUCUCCUGGUUGGCCACUAUUCAAGGCCAGUACUUACGUUUACUAGGCAUGCGACUUCGACACCCUCUGACGUCUGCUGCCAUCCGCGGCGGAUAUGAGGGAAAAGUAGACAAUCGCGUUCUUCUAACACCUGCAAUCGAGCGUCUUAUCCGCGCGAUGGGUUUGUUGUCAACAGCACCUAGGCGCUCUGAUAUUCGUCUUUGUGUUUCCGGAUACCUUACGUCGAUUACACUCCCCGAGACAUCUCAGGGAACUGCCAUAUUGGUGUCAAUGACUCUGGACCGUUUAGAACACGCAGCGCAUUGCGUUGAACAUUGGCCCAAUUUAUCGCCGAUGUCCACCGAGCACACAAAGCACGCCAAUUCUUCGUCGGAGUCCAUGCUCAAAAUCAUGAGCUUUCGGCGUACAACCGCGGUUUCACUGUUGUCCAACUUGUUUCAUGGCAUCAAGACUAUCCUUCAAGGUGAUGAGCUAAUUCGUCGCGGUCCCAAUAUCGUGGCUCGUGCACUAGUGGCUAUCUGUGCACAAACUGUCCAAAUACCAGCCAAUGACGCAUCACAGCCUGGUGUUGCACAGUUGACUUCAUCGGAAAUUCGUUCUCGGCAAACAGCUCAUGACCAAUUGGAGAAGUUGGUUCUUGCCUUCUUUGACAAAUGGACCACGUUUCCAUUAAAAUUUAUCCUCCAUUUUCCGUCGAAAAUCGCUGAACUACCAAAAUCCAGUUGGCUUACUCGUGUUUAUGACGAGAUUCAGCGACUCGUGCCUGUUUUCGAUUCUAGUCACAGUGAUUUGUCUUUCAAGAUGCCCAACCCGAACAUCACUGAUUUGGUUUCAAUGCGCCGUUCUGUAUACAAAAAUUUUCUCUCCAGUCUGUUUACCCGCUGUAUUUCCAACUGCAUGUCUUUCUUGGAUCCUACGAAUACCGACGUCAAGAAAGGUGCCAUCGCUCCGAAUGUGGUCACUCGGCUAUUCACCCUACUCCCUCGAUCUUUGGAUGCCCCCCUUACUCCUCCAUGGUUGCCCAACAUGCUUCUUGUCGCGCCUCCGCCUCCACCCCCACCCACCUCCUUAUUAGCUACGGCUUUUCUGUUCAUCACCUCACAUCAGCCUGAUGCCGCCCAAUCUGCAUGUGACUAUGUCACCGACUUGCUGUUCCUCAUGCUACUGCGUCAUCGUGCACCACCUAUCAUUCAAAUGUCCAGCGACAAACUGGUCUCUCAAUUCGCCGGUAGCUCUGUCGCCCAGAUUUGUGUGCCUAUUCCGGCUCCUCGACGAGACAACGCCUUCUUACUGUUCGAUCCAGAGGCUCGCGUGCUUGCCAGCGAAGAGAGCUUCCGCAAGCACCAUCAUAUCCCGGAGACGAGCAUCGGAUAUGUCUAUUUUCCACCGACUAUCGAAUUGGAGGAUCCGUAUUCUCUCUCAUCGUAUCCGGUUUUCAAUCCCACCACUGGCGAACUUGACGAGGCGCACUCCAUUUGGCUGGAUCACCUUGACAGAUCCGACGAUGAGGGUCUUCUCACUUCUUCCUGUUUGCAGUACCUGGCCAACCAACUUGCUAGCCCUCGACGGGAUACCAGGGAAUUUUGGUCCCUGUUGGCCGAUCGCUUGCUUUAUCUUCAUCGAAGACCAAGCAAACAGCUCUUCCCUCUUGUUCGAUUUGUUCAAGUUGUUUCUGCGACCUUCGGGCCUUUCCCACUGCUGCAUCAUUUGGAGCACUUCUUUUCCGCACUAUUAUCCGUGAAGCCUGAUGGAACAUCCAAGACGUUUGAUGGCAUCACAGAAAUAGUUGGUUGUGUUUGGCUUCGUUUGGGUCUGGUGGGUCUCACCGUUGCUGCUCUGAAGUGGCCACGAGUAUGGCGAUAUUAUUUCCUAGCACGUGUGUUGCCACGGAUUCUUUGCCUCGCCGAGCUCAAUGCACUGUCUGUAUCCACAAGUGGGCUGACUCACACUGUGAUCCAAAACCUCCACCCGGCUCUUGCGCAGACUCUUGCCUUGCCGUUGCUCUACGCUGGAACAUAUGGCGGUGCCGGAACUCCUCCAGAAAGUGACCCCAUGGUCCCACCCGAUCCUUCCAUCAAAUCAACUGCUACCGAUCUCUCCUCGUUACCACAAGCACGUCCCUGUUCCGUCAACGCCGUCACUACUACAGCUGUGUCACGAUCACAAGCAGGAGGUCCCAUGAAUCGUUUAGCUUUCACCUGGGAGCUCUUAUUCGGUUCGCUUUGUCAUACCGGGGCGGUUGACUUCAGCUGUUUUCACCCUCUUUGGGAAUGGAUCCAGGGGGGUUUAGAAGAGUGUGGAAGUGACGAAGAAGACGGGGACUGCGAAAAAAUGGCAGAGAAGAAAUGCUCGCAUGCGUACUAUCCCUCAUUGACUGCUGAUCAACUUAAAGGGGCAAUUGAUGAAUGUCCAACCUGUUUGCUCAACCGAUGUCUCCCGCUUGCACAUCGUCGCGUUUUCUACGCUCGUUUGUGCGCUACGUUUAUCAUCUACACUGGGUGGAAAGGAGCCAAGAUGUUCCCUUACUUAUCGAAGUGCGUCUCCGGUGCAGUUUGGUCAUCACGCCUGAAUGGAGACCCAUUGCCUCCUUCCAACUGGUUCAAGGCAGCAUCGGAUGAUUCCGUGUGGAUUCGCGAUUUGGCUGGUGGCAUAGCUGUUUUUCGUGCAGCUAUCUCCCACGAGGAUGUGUUUUACGCCCCACGUGUGCCUUUGCGGAUCUUACCUUACUCCGAUGAGGACAAAACCGCUCAACUUUCAACCAGCGCGACUGCUCUGAAGGAGGCAAAGCAUUUUUUAGAUGUUCUCUUUUCGCAGAUGAAAGACACAGAGCCUGUGGGAUCACCGUUUGUGCAUAAAGUGGUGCGUUAUUUUUCCUCAUAUUCGUCUCGGUAUCUAGCAUUUCGCGCAAUCACUAACUGCAUGUGA